AUGGGCGAGACCAUGUCAAAGAGACUGAAGUUGCACUUAGGCGGGGAGGCAGAAAUGGAGGAGCGGGCGUUUACCAAUCCCUUUCUGGACUAUGAGGCUGCCGCCUCCGCGGCGCUAGCCGCCGGGGCAGCCGAGGAGACUGGCAGCAAUCGACCGCAGCCCACUACGGAGGAGCUCGGCCUCCCUUUUCACAAUGAUGGGAAGAUGUCAGAUGGAUGUUGGCCGAAUACACUGAAUACCAAAAAGAUGUUUGCAAAUGAAGAUGACAGUGUGGAUCGUGACCAAUUAGGGAGCAUAGCCCUGUUGUACCUCCAGUUGUACCGGGUCACGUGCGAUCAGACCUACCUGCUGCGGUCCCUGGAUUAUGUGAAGCGGACACUUCGGAAUCUGAAUGGCCGCAGGGUCACCUUCCUGUGUGGAGACGCGGGGCCCCUGGCCGUAGGAGCUGUGGUGUACCAUAAGCUUAAAAGCGAUUGCGAGUCCCAGGAAUGCAUCGCAAAACUUUUGCAGCUCCAGAGAAGCAUUGUGAGCGGAGAAUCAGAGCUUCCGGAUGAGCUGCUGUAUGGACGGGCAGGGUAUCUGUACGCCUUACUGUACCUGAACACAGAAAUCGGCCCCGGCACUGUGUGUGAGUCAGCCAUUAGAGAGGUAGUCAGUGCUAUCAUCGAAUCAGGAAAGACUCUGUCAAGGGAAGAGAGAAAAGCUGAGCGCUGCCCCCUGCUCUAUCAGUGGCACCGGAAGCAGUAUGUUGGAGCAGCCCAUGGCAUGGCUGGAAUCUACUACAUGUUAAUGCAGCCAGCGGCAAAAGUGGACCAAGAAACUUUGACUGAAAUGGUGAAACCUAGCAUUGAUUAUGUGCGCCACAAAAAAUUCCGAUCGGGGAAUUACCCGUCGUCGCUGAGCAACGAGGCCGAUCGCCUGGUCCAUUGGUGCCAUGGCGCCCCUGGCGUCAUCCACAUGCUUCUGCAGGCGUCAAAGGUCUUUAAGGAGGAGAAGUACUUGAAGGACGCCAUGGAGUGCAGCGAUGUGAUCUGGCAACGAGGCUUACUGCGGAAGGGCUACGGCAUCUGCCACGGGACCGCCGGGAAUGGCUACUCCUUUCUGUCUCUCUACCACCUCACACAGGACAAAAAGUACCUCUACAGAGCUUGCAAGUUUGCAGAAUGGUGUCUAGAUUACGGAGCCCACGGCUGCCGCAUCCCUGACAGACCCUAUUCUCUGUUUGAAGGCAUGGCUGGUGCCAUCCACUUCCUCUCCGACGUCAUGGGACCAGAGACAUCACAGUUCCCAGCGUUUGAACUUGGCUCUCCACAGAGGGAUGAAAAAGUGCAAAAAGACGACUGA